UUUUUCAUCCAUCAACCUUAUCCUAUAAUUUCCUAUACUUAUCACAACUACACUUUUUAGCAUGAAGACUGGCAUUACUCUUUGCGUAUGUAUGAACACAUCUUACAGUUUAUAGUGAUCUAUGAAUCACUGUAUGUAUAAAUGUACAUGUACAUAAGUAUACAUAUGCACAUAUGUAUAUACACUCGGUAACCUUGUCUGCAAAUGAAAAUACUGAAAAUUUAUCGUCACAUGUUUCUCAAUCGUUAUUGCUUACGUGCAUAAAGGCUCAAUAUUUGUGGUAUUUGGUUCAAAUGGAAGUUUCCAAUGAAGCCAAGGGAUCGACGCCAAAUGUCAAUCGCCCCAUGAAACUUUUAACUUCCGUUGUUAUAUGGUACGGCUCAUUCGCAAUGGGUUUGAGUGCCAGUUUUCUCGGAACUACGCUCUUACAAUUUAGUGAAAAGUUCGAAACAAAUGUGGCCUCUGUGUCGAAAGUGUUUUCCAUUCUGAGCGUUGCAUUUAUUGUCGGGGUCCUACUGUCCGGCAUAAUUUUUCGCUACCUGUCUCGUUCCGUCCUGUGUGGAUUAUUCCUUGCCAUCAUGGGGGUUGGAAUUGCGAGCUAUCCCCUGGCGCCAUCUCUCGUGGUGUAUUUCGGCAUAGCGGUCAUUGUAGGAUUUUCGUCGGGCGGGUUCGACACGGCCCAUAUCGUGUGGCUGAUUGAUCUUUGGUCGGGCGAAGCUGCGCCGUACAUUCAAGUUCAACACUUUAGCUUCGCACUGGGUACUUUUGUAUCCCCGUUGAUAAUCAGGCCAUUUCUCGCAAAAAGGGAGGUCGAUCAGACAUUGACUGAUUUUACUAAUUCGACCACGAAUGAUAACAUGGACCCUGGGACGUCCGAGAUUUGGAUCCCGUUCUUGAUUGUUGGAAGCAGCUGUAUUCUCGGAGGUGUAGCCAUCUUGGGAGUGACUUGUCUAAGAAAUUUUGGUCCUUGUAGGAUUGGAAAUCAGACCAAUCCACCAAACCACAUUGAAAAAAAGAGUCCAAAUACUUCCUACAAGAUACAAUUGAUCAUGUUAGCCUGCCUGAUUGUGGGGACAUACGUAGGAAUGGAGAUCACCACGGUACAAUUCCUCCCCACUUUCACGCACUUCAUCCCCCUGAAACUUGCGCCAUCCGAUGGAGCCAAAAUUCUGACCGGACUCUCCGCCGCGUUUAUGUCGGGACGCGCCGUCGGGAUAUUUCUAGUACUCAAGAUUCGACCAGAAAUUAUUAUCGUGGGGAAUUUUGUGGUAAUCCUGGUGGGAAAUAUAGCCUUACAUUUUGUGGGGGGUACUUCACUAGAAAUCUUAUGGAGUGGCGCGGUCCUCCUCGGGGUGGGAUUUUCCGCCGUGUUUCCAUGUUUUUAUGGAUUUUUGGAGAAACAUUUACACGUGACGGAUGUGAUCGGGGCAGUUAUAAUUUCAAGCAGUGGGCUAAUUUCUGCCAUAUAUCCAGUAAUUAUUGGGACGUGGAUUGAGCAAAAUCCGUACGUCUUGAUGUAUACAAAUUAUGGGAGUCUGUUGAUAUGUUGGAUAUCUUUUGGGGCGAUGUACUGGAUUAUUAGAGGGGCACGAGUAGAGGGAUAUGUGGGGGGUAAAGAGGAACAUGGGGCAAUGAUAGAGCUUAAAAUGAAAGAAAUUGAAUUAUGAUGUACAUAGAUAUCUCAUAAACAUUUAAGUAUGAUGAAAUAUUCUACAGUCUUUAUUAUUGUGACCAUGCGUAUUAAAAUGUAAAUAUUCAGGUGCUCGACAAAUAAACCUCAUACAUACA